UAUGAGGAAACUAAAGUAAAGAUUAUUCGUUUCUACAUGUACACAAAGAAAAAAGAGAAUGAGCAAGAUCUGUCAACUGACGUGGUCCAACACCAGUCUAACAAUGAAUCGGCGAGUCAAAAAAAGGUAAAACCAUAUUUUGAUAUCAGGUAAAAGUAAAAUUGAUUUUUUUGCCAUACAACAUAAAUAAGGUUGGAAUAAACCUUCUCUGAGAUGUCUAGUUUCUAGAAGCCUCACACCUCAGCGCCAUAAAAUAACAUUGGUAAUACCAUCACAUCGAACGCUUUCAUCAAACAGUCAAGUGGAGAAUGGACUUUUCUUGCAUAUACAUACAGACGAAUAUACAUGCAUCUUUCACAGUGUAAAGGCAGGGGUCAAUAUUGUUGGAUGCAAAAUCUGCGAGAAGGAGCGUCACACUUAAACAUACGAAAAUAUGUGUAUUGCAUGCGAUUAGAAAUUUGAUUUAUCUUAAUAUAUGCAGUUGUAUGAAAUCCCUUAGAUUUGUUCUAUUGGAGAUUAUAGACAUUGUUGUUUUUACCCCUAAAUAAUCUGGACAAUGGAGAUUGAUGACGGCACUCCAAUUGCUUCUACGGGAACGCCUACUGCUUCUCCUGGGACGCCUACUAUUUCUACUGGGAUGCCCACUGCUUCUACCAGGACGCCCACUGCUUCUACCGGGACGUUUACUGCUUCUACCGGGACGUCUACUGCUUCUACCGGGACGUCUACUGCUUCUACUGGGACGUCUACUGCUUCUACCGGGACGACUACUGCUUCUACGGGGACGCCGACUGUUGUUUUCAACUCGGGCAGUGCAAUGCAGUCAAUUUCAACUGAUGAUUCACUACCAGAUCUAGACACUGUUUCAUCAGAAGGCGGGGAAGCCGAACUUGGUGUUGAAGACCAAAAUGGUGAAACUGUAGACAGCACGGUCACAUACAAUGACGUGGAUUCAAGUGAAGGAAGUGACUUGGCAGUAUUUGACAUACCAAGGCAGUCCAACAGGAACCUUGUGUAUACCCGGAGUGACCAGCCACUCCCCCUUCAGCCUCCACCCCUUAGACUUGAGGCCGUGCGACAUUCAGAAAAUCUUCACGAGAUAUUGACCAGACUCGCGUCAGUGAUCAAUAAAGAACGACGGAACAUUGUUAAUGUCACAAGACGUAAUGUAAUGUCAGGUGGCAUCAGAGCUUUCAACAGGCCAUCUUUCAACCCUGAAAAUGGCUUGUCUGUUAAGUUUGCUGGGGAAUAUGCAAUAGACGAUGGCGGGCCAAGCAGGGAGUUUUUAAGAUUGCUCAUGAAAGAAAUAUCUUCUCUCCCCAUAUUUACCGGUGACGAGACAAAAAAGAUGCUGGAUUUGAAUUACACUGCCCUACAAAGCGGUCUCUACUUGACAGCGGGGAAGAUGAUAGCAUAUUCUGUCGUACACAAUGGACCUCUUCCACGGUUUUUCAGUCCACUGCUGUUCAGUACGCUUGUUGGCGACAGCCAAAUUCAGCCAAAGAUUGAUGACAUCCAAGAUGUCGCACAGAGGGAAAGUCUACUGAAGAUACGAAAUGCAGAGGAUAUGUCUUCGUUCCUGGAUGCCGUAGGUGGUGCUGAUCAACUUAUCCAACUUGCUGGAUGUUACUCUCUUACUCUCUCCUUAGCAAAGAAGGAAGAACUUUGUGAUGCCUUGAUCCAUUUUAUUGUGCUUGGCAGAAUCAAAGAGUGCCUAGAUCAAUUCCAAAAAGGACUGGCCACUUUGGGAGUGCUUGCAGAAAUGCGUGUUCACAUCAAAGAAGUAAGGGAACUUUUCUGUUUCGAUGAAAAGUAUGAAUUGAACGCUUCUGUGCUUGAAAUGGUGUUCAGUGAACCAUCCUUCUCCGAACCUGGGAGCAACAGGCGCAGAAUGGAAGAAGAGACAGUCAGUUAUUGGAUGGACUAUCUUCUGGACGUAGCAGAGGGCACAGAAUCAGUCACCCUGAGUGACAUAUUGGUUUUUGCGACUGGCGCGGGAUCCAUUCCCCCCCUUGGUCUCCAUCCACAGCCGCAGCUGACAUUCCACACUGCAAUUGAACUCAACCCUGAGAACAGAGAGAACUUCCCUCGAGCUAACACAUGUGCAAAUGUAUUAGACAUUCCAAUGAUCAGUAAUUAUAACCUGUUCAAGAAAAACAUGAAUGCAGCAAUCAGUGUGAAUAUCUUCACUUCCGAGUGAAAAGACGGGCAUGACUGUUUGUCAUGAAUUGUCUUCCCCCUUUAAGUUUUGUUUUGCAUUUGUUUCACUUUUACAGAACUGUUCUGCUAUAAUCGAUUGAGCUUUUAGUCUAAUUUUAUUGAAUCUGUUACUACCAAAUAGGUUAAUUGGUACUGACAUCUGAUUGUUUAAGAAGAUUUUAUUUACACCUGUUCAAAACAUUUUUAGACGAAUGUCCUAUCGUAUUAUUUCUAAUAUACAAACCAGGUGUUGAAUUUUUAAUGGUUUGAUGAGGUAUGUUAUUAAAGUUUAGUUUAAAGGAAUUGCAUGCUUUGAUAUCAACAUGACAAUACCGUGUUCCCUGUAGGGUCAGAAGAGGGGUCGUUUGAAUCAUUUUACAUUUUGUGCUUUUGGUACAAGAGAAACCUUAAAUUACUAUGACCCGUUUAAAUGUGUCUCUUAAUGUGAAAAUUAAGCGGAAUUUGUUUUUGGAGUUUUUGUUGAGACAAAGAAAUAUUAGCUCAUAGGUUUGUGGCAUAUAGUAAACGUGUUAUUUUGUAAGCCUGUAAAGAACGUUUAUUGUAAUGAAACGAAGAAGGAUGCAGAUAUGUUCUUUCUUUAAAACCCCAAAUACGUUUAAAUGACCAUUGUAAGCAAGUUUUUUUGCAGUCAACAUGUUUAUGUUGUAAUGGAAAUUAAAAAAAUAUUGAUGUUGUUGGUUAAGAAUUACUAAGUUUGGGUACAGAAGGUUUAAAACUUACAAAUAUCGCAUCUGUUAACAUUUUGAUUUAUUUGGAUUGCAUAUUAUGAACAUCUUGUUAUGUUUUGAACAGACAGAAUAAAUCCUGUUUAAUUGAUAAAAGUUAAUGGAAGUCACUCUACCCCAGAUAUCCUGUUUUUUUCCCGGUGUGGAUU